CUCGCACGCUCGAGUCGGUCUGGACCGUUUCCCCGGUCCGCGGUUCUCCGUUCCGUCGCCCCGUCGCCCCGUCGCCUCGUCGAAUUCCGCGUCGCGUCGCGUCGCGUCGCGUCGUGGUGCUGGUGGACGCCGAGUCGCGAUCAUCCGAGCGGGUCGAGGCGUCGGGACAUUCGGCCCGAGCCGGUCGACCCAGCGCGAGUAGGAGAUCGAUUCCUCGAGAGGAAGGCUUGUCCGAGAGGAGAAGCGCCCCCGGAGGACGGACCCACGACCCGGCGCCCGCUCGCCGCUCUCGUCGGAUCACCGGGUGGAGCGACCGACCGACGAAGACAGGAAGAAAGGAAGGACCCCCGGAGGAGAGGAGGACCAAGGAGUCGACCGGCCCAGGUCGGGGGAUGACCGGAGCCGCGCCGUCCCUCGGCGGGGCGUAAAGGCCCGUCCGUCCCGGGCGCGAGAUGUCGGCCAGGUAACGCAGGCCACCCCCGGAGCGCAAACAGGAGGCUCGGCCCCGCCGCCAUGGGCUUCCCUCGAAGGAGAUCCCUGUGGCUCAAGCUCGCCCUCGUCGCGGGGGUGGUCUGGCUCACCGUGUGCUUCCUCCUCUACACGGAGGACAGGGCGGCCGUGGCCGCCCAGGGGCUCGCGCCCUCGGGGGUCGCCGCCCCUCAGAUGGCCAACGGCUUCGUGCCUCCCGCGAUGCCGGCCAGGAGGGAGACGCCCGCCAGCGAGCAGGCCAGGGCCAACCGGGCCGAGGCCGGUCCCGAGCAAGGCGGCGGAGUGCUGGCCGCCCCCAGGGAGCCUGACCCCUCGGCCCCCGGCGAGAUGGGCCGGCCCGUCGUGCUGCCGACGAACCUCACCGCCGAAACGAAAAAACUCGUCGACGACGGGUGGAUCAACAACGCCUUCAACCAGUACGCCAGCGACCUGAUCUCCGUCCACCGGUCCCUCCCUGACCCCCGGGACCCCUGGUGCAAGGAGUCCGGCAGGUACUUGGACAAACUCCCUCCGACGGCCGUCAUCGUCUGUUUCCACAACGAGGCCUGGUCGGUGCUCCUCAGGACGGUGCACUCCGUCCUCGACCGGUCGCCGGACCGACUCGUCCAGGAGAUCAUCCUCGUCGACGACUUCUCCGACAUGCCUCACCUCAAGAGGCAGCUGGAGGACUACAUGAUGAACUACCCGAAGGUGAGGAUCAUCCGCGCGCAGAAGCGCGAGGGCCUGAUCAGGGCCCGACUGCUGGGGGCCGCUGCCGCCAAGGCCCCGGUCCUCACGUACCUCGACAGCCACUGCGAGUGCACGGAGGGCUGGCUCGAGCCGCUCCUCGACAGGAUCGCCCGCGACCCCACCACGGUCGUCUGCCCUGUCAUCGACGUCAUCGACGACACCACCCUCGAGUACCACUGGAGGGACUCCGGUGGCGUCAACGUCGGGGGUUUCGACUGGAACCUGCAGUUCAACUGGCACGCGGUGCCCGAGCGGGAGAAGAAGCGCCACCGCAAUCCCGCGGAGCCCGUCUGGUCGCCGACUAUGGCCGGCGGCCUCUUCUCCAUCGACCGGGCCUUCUUCGAGAGGCUGGGCACCUACGAUAGCGGAUUCGACAUCUGGGGUGGCGAGAACCUGGAGCUCUCCUUCAAGACCUGGAUGUGCGGGGGCACCCUGGAGAUCGUGCCCUGCUCCCACGUGGGCCACAUCUUCCGGAAGAGAUCGCCCUACAAGUGGCGCAGCGGCGUCAACGUGCUCAAGAGGAACAGCAUAAGGCUGAGCGAAGUGUGGCUGGACGAGUACGCCAAGUACUACUACCAGAGGAUAGGCCACGACAAGGGUAACUACGGGGACGUGUCCGACCGAAAGGCCCUCCGGAAGAAGCUCGGCUGCAAGUCCUUUAAGUGGUAUCUCGACAACGUCUACCCGGAGCUCUUCAUCCCGGGCGAAGCCGUGGCCUCCGGCGAGGUCCGUAACCUCGGCGAGGGCGGGAACACCUGCCUGGACUCCCCUGCCCGCAAGGCGGACCUGCACAAAGCGGCCGGACUCUACCCCUGCCAUCGCCAGGGCGGCAACCAGUACUGGAUGCUGAGCAAGACCGGAGAAAUUCGCCGCGACGAGUCCUGCCUGGACUACAGCGGGACGGACGUGAUUCUGUACCCGUGCCACGGCAGUAAGGGGAAUCAACAGUGGACGUACAACCCCCAGACGAAGCAGAUCAGGCACGGAAGCAGCGACAAGUGUCUGGCCAUCACCGAGAGCAAGCAGCGACUGCUCAUGGAGGAGUGCUCGUCCUCCGCCCCCAGACAGAGAUGGUCCUUCGAGAAUUACGACCCCUCGAAGCUGUGACAUUCGGCUUGGCCCCGGCCCGACCCCGUCGCCAAGACCCGCUUCGGCAGAUAGGCGGAGGCCCGGACCUCCCGCUUUAGGAUUCUGUAAAUAAUGCCCUGGACAGAGGUCGCGUUUACAGGGAAGCAGUAUUACCGGGAGUUGCGGCCCGCAACGGGUCCGGAGAAGCGACGUCGCCGCCGGAAGACUGGCCAUCUUUACGGAAAAUUGGCCAGGAAUUCGGCCCAGGGGGACGAGAUGAGAACUUUGACGGGCCGAUCGUUUGGUCGAGUCCGGAGCUGCCGACGAAGGGGCCUAAAGAAACGAUCCCGCCCGACUCCGAGUCCAGUUCCGCUCGGACUUCCCAGUAUUAAGGGAAUUUCAAAGGGGGCUGCCGCGACCCCCGCUACGUUUUGUACAUUCCUUGUAAAUUAAUACGUUUCCACGGACUCGGUGCACUUCGCGUUGCGUUUACGCGAGGGCGAUGCAGAUCUCUAUUUAAAUACGUCGGACUCUCGGCUUGCUCGGGCACCGAGGACCGGCGAGCGCGAUCGGAGCUUGGAGGUUCGGCCAACGCGCACCCUAAAUUACCCGAAACGUCCCGGAAGACUCGCGAUCCUAGAAACUGCCCGAGAACCCGACCCUGAUCGUAACUCGUUCAAUCUUGUAUAAUCCGGAGAUCGAUUGCCGGUUUAUUGCUUCCAUUUUUUUUUAUCUUCGUUUCAUUAAACGGUUUCCGAAAUAAAGCGCAUUGAAAUAGGAACCCAAGUAUACCCGCCGAAGUCCGUAUUUUUCCUCGAGCUUUGUUCGCUGCCGUAAGCACGGAUGCAAAAAUCAAUCGAGGGCGCGUGGGUGCGUGCGCGUGUGCACACGGAGCGGUCCACCCGAGGGUACAGCCUCCGAUGAGUUCCCUGCUUUUCCCGAAAAUCGCGGAAAAUCACUGAAAUAAUCGUAAUCUCGGUCUCUUUCAAAAUCGAACCUCCAAGCUUUCCAUCGUAUCUCGGAAUGAGAAUAUGUCAUAAAGUGGACCCUUUGAAUUUUUCAAGGAAACUUCUUGAAAAUAAGAGAUACAGGCGAAAAGAGAAAAGAGAUAGUCCAAGUAAACGUCGCCAGUAGCACGCAAAACGACUCGAUUCAACCGAGGAAACAAUCGGGAGUAUUGUAAUCGAUUACUACUGCGCUAUCGGGUACCGUCAUCCUACCGGAAUUACGUUUCGCGGAACGAAGCAGAACGAAUCCGUUAGAAUCGUAAAAAGGCCCAGAGAGAGGGCGGUGAGGGACAUGGGCAAUGAGAAGUCUCCCGGUCUCAUUCGGAGUGAACAGCGACGCAUUUCUCCAAGUAAAUAUACAUAAUAUAAAUAAAUAGAUAAAGAUAUACACACAUAUGACGUUUUCUACAUUUGGUAAGGAUGUAGCAUAUCAUAAGAGAAAGUGGACAUUUACAAGCGACGACGCGGAGCCUCGAGGUCUGCGCGUCGGACGUUUAAUUAAAUGUAAUAUCAAACGUGCCUUAUUUCGUGUAUAUACAUGUACGGAUUUAUGAUUAUCACCGAUGUUAUCAUUGCGAACUCCUAUGGUAAUCCACAGGCAUUUGUGUUUAAAUAAAUCGAUGUUGUUUUACGUUA